GGCACGUCAUGGGCAGGUUGGAAGUUCUCUUUAUCGGGGUCAUCUUAUCUCGUUUGCGGCGAUCGAGCUACGGCAACUUUUUUGUCGGGUGACGCGACUUUCCUGUGUUUCAACCCAAGAUAUAUACUAGCUGGUGCCUUCAAUCAAAAUCCUCAUAUUGUCGCUUUAUCAAGAUUGCAGCUGGCAGUCUAGUCAAAGUGGCACAAUUUUAAAUGUAUCAAAGACACUGACGUUUUUAAAAAAUUAUGACUUUCGGCCAUGGCCAGCGUGAGAUCUUCUAAACCGUUACCAUUUUUCGUUAUAUUGAGACUUAUACUUUUCUCCUGCUGGAAUAUGCACUGCUCUGAACCUGCCAAAAAAAGUAAUCGAGGUGGGUCCAGGCAGGUCCAUAACCUGCCGUCAAAACGAGUGUAAGAUGCUACGCUGACUAAUAUAAGCACGAGGCGGUGUGUCGUGGUAACACUGGAUUAACUCCGUUUGUUUUCAAUAUGACGUGUAGUCACGUGACUCGACGUCACUCGCCACCUCCCCGUGUCCUUUCUAUUAAAACCGAGCGAUUUGCGCGAGAAUUCGUUGAGUGUGUUUGCCCAUACCAUGACUGGAGCUGUGAAUGAGAAUAACGGGAGCAAGGCCAGAUAAUGUGUAAAAAGUGCUAUUAUUGAGGAUUUGACACUUGUAAGACACAUUUUAGACGUACGGCGAGAAGAAUUGCUUCAGUCGCUGUCUUCCAGGAAUAGACAGAUGUUUCAAGGAUCUUCCGAUGAACUCUAAUUGGUCCUUUGAGCACCAUGGACGUUUCGAUUGGAUGGAUUAGCGGCUUUGUCAUCUUUUUCGCUCUGACUGGGUCAUCGGAAGCGCUGCCAUGCCUCCCUCCCAGCGUCAUCUACGAGCCCUCCCGAGAGCACAGAAUCUGCUACACAUUCAACAACACUGAUGUCUUAGGGGAGACGGCCGACGCUUCGUGCAAGUACGUCGGUGGGCAUGCCGUCCAGAUCUACAACGCAGAUAUUUUUAAUUUUCUUAAGAAUAUACCGUCAACGUUCUUUACAAAAAGCGAUUACUGGGUCGGGAUAAAACCACCGCGCUGGAUCUGGGUGGACCGCAAUGACUCGCUUAACCUCGACGAUGAAAUCUGGGCAUCGGAUAGGCCAGAUAUGACCAACAUCCAUCGUCGACGCUGUGUAGCCAGUGAUGCUAAUGGGUGGAUUGAUGCCGACUGUGAAGAUCAAAAGGGAUUUCUUUGCGAGAAAGCUGCGCUGGUUCCUUCGUCAGGCGAUGUAUGCGACGACCAUAGUUACACCCUCUUCAAUUCCGCAUGCUACAAGCACUAUUCCACCCAAGAAAGCUUCUUCACGGCGAAGAAGAAGUGCAAGGCGGAGAACACUACUUUAGCAAGGCUGGAUACCAAGGAGAAGGUGGAAAAAUUAUUGCCAGUGAUAACAACUAUCAGUUCACCGGUCUGGUUUGGUCUCUUCGUGGAGAAAUGGACUUGGGUGAAUGGGAACGAAGUGGCCUACCUUCCGUGGAAGGAAGAUGAGCCGAAGGACUGGGAUAAGCAAUGUGUGAUAGCCAAGAUAAGUGAUGCCCAGGCCUGGACUCCGGAGUCUUGCAGUAACAAGAAGGGCCUUCUCUGUGAACACGUUCAUUCUCUGCCUUGUUCGCCGAAUGACCUCAAGUACACAAGGCGGCGGGGCCAGAAGAUAUCUCAGAAGGUAUCGAGAAGCUAUUCCGUAGCAGCUAGGAGCAUCAUGGAUUGCGUCACCAUUUGCACCACACAACAUGGCUGCCUGUGCACUGCCGUUGAGUACAGCGCCUCUAGCGGAGAAUGUAUGGUGUUACCGGGAGCCGUAGUUGAUGUAAACACAAGGUUUGUUGCUGCUACUGGUGUGGAUACCAUGAUCAUAUUGAAUUGACUUUACUGACAAGACUGAAUAACUGCGUUCGUGAAGGUGAAAAUCAGUUCAUUUUACACAGCCUACUAUAAUACUGAAGAUGAUCGACACCGUAAUAAAAUAAGUAGUUCUCUUUUUCAAACUAAGAAUUGUAAGGGAAGAAACUAAAUGAUUUUGCAAAAU